UUUUGCUAAUUGCACUGACAUCAUUCCGCUUUCUUUGAGAUAUUUGCAAAUCAGAAUGGAAGCCCUUGACAUAUUGGAGAAAAGAAUAGAUUCGCUGAAUCGUGUGCUCGGUCCACUGCCAGAAUCAUAUGCUGGAGACGCCGACGGCAGCAGCACGGCAAAGACCGCGAAUAUUGUGGACACGCUCUGCUCAGCCAACGCCUUGUUGGGCGAAGCCACCACGGGACGCACACAGCUGCAGCAGUGCGUGGGACGUGCAGCGGAGCUGGAGAAGUAUCUGGAUCCUAAUUUCUUGGAGGAUCAUCAACAGGUGCGCACCAAGGAGGUCUAUAUAAAUGCAGUUGCGCCCGAGCUAUACGCCCAGAGCGAACAGCUGGAGCGCAUCAAGCAGCUAGAGCCGGCGCUGGGUGCGGAAUACUUUCGCAGCAUACCCAGCGAGUGCCUAGACAAGCUCAAGCAGAUCACCGAUAACAACGGCGAAUACGCGCAGCAAAGCGAACUGAUCGAGGAGAGCCUUAUAUUGGCCAUGAAGCGAUAUGGCGAGAUUCAAGCGGGCCUGCUCAGCUCAUUGGAUGCGAUGAACGAGCGCCUUGACCAGGUCGAGCAGCGCAUGGAGCAACAGAAACGUGCCGACCUCACAAAGGAUGUGCCCCCAAAGGACUGAGUGCUAAAAUUGCUGAAAGUAUUUAACCUUAGAAAUUGUUCCACUUGUCGCCUUUAAGAUUUUUAUUUCAUACGCUAGCACAAUACACGAACCUAUUAACUAAAACUAGAGCUAAACUAGAACUUAAAUUUGUGCUGGUUAAGUGUUUUCUUUGUAUAAGAAAAUCCCUUGUCAAUGCUGGCAAUUGUGUUGACACUUCUUAUGCCCUUGCAGAAGGUAUUAUACAUUUGUACAGAACGUGUAUAGAAUCUAUCUUUAUAUAUCUCGGUCUGCAUCAACAGAUGUAUUAAUAUAUGCAAGGAUUGGAACACUAUAUCAUAUAGGUUCCAUUAAUGUGAUUGAGUGGAAGUAAAACUGAGUUCUUGGAUAAACAACUUGUUUGUUUUUCCAGAUAUCUUUACCAAACUUUAAAAGUGUGAUAUGCUCGGAAAUAUUUAAAAUCGGAAGAGUAUAUCAAAUAUCUACCUUAGACUUGAAAUGUAGUGGAUCAGAGUAAGGGUAUUGGGUCUGCGGCACUCCAAAGAUAACCGUUCUUUCUUGAUAGU